CGACAUUUAGAAAUCUGGAUUUCAGAAAUUAUUUUAAAAUGUGUUAGCACAACCACCGUUCCUACGGUAUUAGUCGUUUGUUGUUAUUUUACUUUACUGCCGGCGUUCAACACGUGAGAGAGAUGUUUAAUCGUGCAGUUACCGCUACCCAGUUAAAGCCAUGGAUAAAAUUCAAUUAUAUUCUUAAAAAUGUAACUUUUCCUGUGAGGCCAUUUUGUAACAGUUGUCCUAGGUAUUCAAACAAAGAUGAUGAGCCAGUGAAACCUUCUGUUCCAGUUCCCAAAGAUUUCCAAGCAGAACUUGAUUAUGAAACAUAUUGCCCACCGUUGGCUCAGCCUAUAAAACCUCAUGUACACCCUAUUAAAAAAUCAUUUGAUUUCUUAGGAAUUACUGGUAGAAAUGACCCAAAAACACACACUAAUCUUUACUUUCCCCGGCAUUGUGACAUUAUUAUUAUUGGGGGUGGAAUCAUGGGCUGCUCUAUUGCCUACUGGCUGAAGCAGCGAGGUCAUGACAAUGGGCUAAGAGUGAUUGUAGUUGAACAAGAUCCAAGUUAUACUCGGGCAUCAACAGUUUUAUCUGUUGGUGGUUUGCGUCAGCAGUUCUCUUUACCAGAAAACAUCCAAAUGUCCCUUUAUGGAGCAGAAUUCUUGAGGAAAUCAAAGAAAUUACUUUCAGGGGAAGGUUUGGAAGGUCCUGAUGUACAGUUUCACCCAUUUGGCUACUUAUUUUUAGCCACAGAGAAAGGUGCAGAUCAGCUAAUUGCUAAUCACAAACUUCAAACAUCAUUAGGAGCAAAAAUACAACUUUUAUCUGCCAAAAAGCUUAAACAAAAAUUUCCAUGGAUCAAUACAGAUGGUGUUGAGUUGGCUUCUUUUGGACUGGAAAAUGAAGGCUGGUUUGAUCCUUGGUCAUUGCUCAAUGGAUUCAGGAAUAAGGCUCUAGAAAUGGGUGUUGAGUUCGUAAAGGCGGAAACUGUCGGUUUUGAAACUCAAGAAAUGCUUGUACCUGGUAAGCCUGGUGUCGGAGACAAUGGUUGCUUCCAAAAGCUAAAGAGGGUUCAUGUUCGACUAGAUGAUGGCGAUAUAAGAACGAUUGAUUUUUCCAUGUGUGUAAUGGCGGCUGGUGCUCAGUCCGGUAAAGUCAGUAAAUUAGCUGGAAUUGGGUUGGGAACAGGCUUGCUGCGCAACGCCCUACCCGUUGAACCUCGAAAGCGUUAUGUUUAUUGUUUCCAUGCGCCUGAAGGUCCAGGACUUGAUUGUCCGCUUACAGUAGAUACGACAGGGUCGUACUUCAGACGAGAAGGCCUUGGAGGCCACUACGUAGCUGGAAAAUCUCCUAUUGCCAAUGAAGAACCUGGAGUUUCUAAUUUGGAUGUGGAUUACACUUUUUUUGAUCAGCAAGUUUGGCCAGACGUAGCGCUGCGUGUUCCUGGGUUUGAAAACAUAAAGCUGAAGAGUGCAUGGUCUGGCUAUUACGAUUAUAACACGUUUGAUCAGAACGGUAUAAUCGGAAUUCAUCCAUAUCACACCAACUUUUUAUUCGCUACCGGUUUCAGCGGUCAUGGAUUACAACAAGCGCCUGCUGUUGGAAGGGCUGUAAUGGAACUUAUUUUGGAGGGCAAGUUCCUCACGAUUGAUUUGUCUCGUUUUGGAUUUGACAGAGUGAUAACGAAUCAACCAGUUUUCGAGCAAAACAUUGUCUAGUGUAAAAUAAUAAGUGACUGCAUUGCAAUUGAAGCACAUC